UUAAAUAGUGGAAUGGUUGGUGGAUUUUUAGAGAGGGCUAAUAGUUGGCAGGACAAUUUUCCAUUUUCCCCAAUGUUGUAUUAUUGUAUCAAAAUAAUAUAAUGUAGAAAGGACGUGAAUGGCCUCACACACACACACCAGUACAGUAGGUGGCGAUGUAAUGCACCUGAAGGUUGGAUGCGAUCCUGCCAACCAAAUCCCAAAGAAGAAGACUGGCAAGGUUGCCUGCGGUGACGUAAUGAAAAUGCUCCUAGAUUCCGCUUGACAGGCAGCAGCGAAACAACAACUUGGAAGUUGAAAAACUUUCCUUAACUAAUUAAUUUAAAGACUAUAGAAAAGUUACCAAAAGUAGGCCCACAGUUAUUUUCUCCCAUUUUAAAGUGUAUAUUGUUAGGGGUUCAAAUGUGGAAUUAUUGAUGGAUUCGAGGUAUGAAAUCAAGCGGAUGGCCGGUGGCGGGGGAUCAGCGAAUGCUUCCCCCGCUCUGGGGUCACAGUCUCGCCGCAGGAAGAUGCCGCCGAGGCCCGCUGAUUACAAACUUCAAAUUAUCAUUAUUGGCUCCCGUGGCGUGGGAAAAACCAGUCUAAUGGAAAGAUUUACAGACGACACCUUCUAUGAAGCAUGCAAAUCAACUGUUGGAGUAGAUUUUAAGAUCAAGACGGUGGAGCUGAGAGGGAAGAAGAUCAGGUUGCAAAUCUGGGAUACAGCUGGUCAGGAGAGGUUCAACAGCAUAACCUCAGCCUACUACCGUGGGGCCAAGGGAAUAGUACUGGUCUAUGACAUCACCAAGCAGGAAACGUUUGACGACCUGCCCAAGUGGAUGAAGAUGAUCGACAAGUAUGCUUCAGAGGAGGCAGAGCUGCUGCUAGUGGGGAACAAGCUGGACUGUGAGACAGACCGCAUCGUGACUAAACAGACUGCGGAGAGGUUUGUCUCGAGGAUAUCUGGGUUGCGUUUCUGCGAGGCCAGUGCCAAGGAUAAUUUUAACGUGGAGGAGUGCUUUCUGAAACUAGUGGACGACAUUCUAGCCAAGAUGCCUCUGGAGAUUCCCAGUAGGGAUCUUUCCAACAGUAUCCUGUCUCUGCAGCCUGAACCAGAUGUUCCUCCUGAGCUCAACCCGCCACGCAUGCGCUGUUGCUGAGACCCCCCUUCCCCUUCCACCAUCCUCCCUCCACCCUGCUGAGAUCCCCCUACCACCUCCACCAUCCUCCCUCCACCCUGCUGAGAUCCCCCUACCACCUCCACCAUCCUCCCUCCACCCUGCUGAGACUCCACCUCCACCUCCACCAUCCUCCCUCCACCCUGCUGAGAUCCCCCUACCACCUCCACCAUCCUCCCUCCACCCUGCUGAGAUCCUCCACCAUCCUCCCUCCACCCUGCUGAGAUCCCCCUACCACCUCCACCAUCUUCCCUCCACCCUGCUGAGAUCCCCCUACCACCUCCACCAUCUUCCCUCCACCCUGCUGAGAUCCCCCCACCACCUCCACCAUCCUCCCUCCACCCUGCUGAGAUCCCCCUACCACCUCCACCAUCCUCCCUCCUCCCUCCACCCUGCUGAGAUCCCCCUACCACCUCCACCAUCCUCCCUCCACCCUGCUGAGAUCCCCCUACCACCUCCACCAUCCUCCCUCCACCCUGCUGAGAUCCCCCUACCACCUCCACCAUCCUCCCUCCACCCUGCUGAGAUCCCCCCUCCACCUCCACCAUCCUCCCUCCACCCUGCUGAGAUCCCCCUACCACCUCCACCAUCCUCCCUCCACCCUGCUGAGAUCCCCCUCCACCUCCACCAUCCUCCCUCCACCCUGCUGAGAUCCCCCUACCACCUCCACCAUCCUCCCUCCACCCUGCUGAGAUCCCCCUCCACCUCCACCAUCCUCCCUCCACACUCCAAAUACGCAGCAGAACUCUUCUGGCCACCAGAGGGCAGGAGAACCAAGCAGCAGUCUGGGAGCGUCCCAAUUUGCACUAUUCUCUUCAUAGUGGCACUUUUGACCCGUCUUUAUCGGGAAUAGGCGUUCGUUUGGGACGUAUGCUCAGGUGUUCCUGCGAGGAGCUUAGACACACCUGCUCUGAUAGACGUCCUCCCAGUUCUACUUCUGGAGCUGUAUGACAUGACACGCAAAUACACUAACUAAUACACAGACCUUGUUACGACAGACCACUGACACACACACACACACACACACACACACACACACACACACACACGUACAGUAUACACUUGUACACACACACACACACACACACGUACAGUAUACACCUGUACACACACACACACCUGCCCCAGACUACUUCAUCCCGGGGCAAGCUUGGCUAGCUGUGCCUUGCAGCCAGGUGCCUCCUAGUUAGAGAGAGAACCCUAUGGUAGCCACUGCACGAUACACACACACACACACACACACACACACACUCACACACACACACACACACACACACACACACACACACACACGCAUUCACAUGGAGCCAAUUAGAGAAAAGAAACCCACUCGGCUGACGUGACUGAGGGAGCGGAGCUCCUUGUUACUCCUCCUACACUACGUAGACCCAGUAACUGUAAGGUCCAUGUAUCUCUACUGUAAGGUCCAUGUAUCUCUACAGUAACUGUAAGGUCCAGGUAUCUCUACUGUAAGGUCCAUGUAUCUCUACUGUAAGGUCCAUGUAUCUCUACUGUAAGGUCCAUGUAUCUCUACUGUAACUGUAAGGUCCAUGUAUCUCUACAGUAACUGUAAGGUCCAUGUAUCUCUACAGUAACUGUAAGGUCCAGGUAUCUCUACUGUAAGGUCCAUGUAUCUCUACUGUAACUGUAAGGUCCAUGUAUCUCUACAGUAACUGUAAGGUUCAUGUAUCUCUACUGUAACUGUAAGGUCCAUGUAUCUCUACAGUAACUGUAAGGUCCAUGUAUCUCUACUGUACAACAAGGAAAAGGGACACGUGAUAUUGCACAAAUUCUUUCUUAGGUACAUUUUGAUGGAAAUGUAUUCUUGUACAAAGUUUCAUAUAGGCAGUUUUUUUUAAUGAUGAUUAUCACGUGGGUAACUCUAAUUAGGUCAAAAAUACAAGUAGACACGGUAGUUGGUGUAGAAUCAGAUGUACACUACCAGUCAGAAGUUUGGACACACCUACUCAUUCAAGGGUUUUUCUUUAUUUUUUACUAUUUUCUACAUUGUAGACAUCAAAACUAUGAAAUAAUAUGGAAUCAUGUAGUAACCAAAAAAAGUGUUUAAACAAAUCAAAAUAUUUUCUAUUUUAGAUUCUUCAAAGUAGUCACCCUUUGCUUUGCACACUCUUGGCAUUCUCUCAACCAGCUUCACCUGUAAUGCUUUUCCAACAGUCUUGAAGGAGAUCCUACAUAUGCUGAGCACUUGUUGGCUGCUUUUCCUUCACUCUGAGGACUAACUCAUCCCAAACCAUCUCAAUAUGGUUGAGGUCGGGUGAUUGUGGAGGCCAGGUCAUCUGAUGCAGCACUCCAUCACUGUCCUUCUUGGUCAAAUAGCCCUUAAACAGCCUGGAGGUGUGUUGGGUCAUUGUCCUGUAGAAAAAUAAAUGAUAGUCCCACUAAACGAAACCAGAUGGGAUGGCGUAUCGCUGCAGAAUUCUGUGGUAGCCAUGCUGGUUAAGUGUGCCUUGAAUUCUAAAUAAAUUACUGACAGCGUCACCAGCAAAGCACCAUCACACCACCUCCUCCAUGCUUCAUGGUGGGAACCACACAUGUGGAGAUCAUCCGUUCACCUAAUCUGCAUCUCACAAAGACACAGUGGUUGGAACCAAAGAUCUCAAAUUUUGACUCAUCAGACCAUAGGACACCAAUAAGAAGAGACCAAAGGACAUAUUUCCACCGGUCUAAUGUCCAUUGCUCGGUGUUUCUUGGCCUACGCAAGUCUCUUCUUAUUGGUGUUCUUUAGUAGUGGUUUCUUUGCAGCAAUUAGACCAUUAAGGCCUGAUUCACACAGUCUCCUCUGAACAGUUGAUCUGAACAGAGAUGUGUCUGUUACUUGAACUCUGUGAAGCAUUUAUUUGGGCUGCAAUUUCUGAGGCUGGUAACUCUAAUGAACUUAUCCUCUGUAGCAGAGGCAUCUCUGGGUCGUCCUUUUCUUUUGGCGGUCCUCAUGAGAGUAAGUUUCAUCAUAGCGUUUGAUGGUUUUUGCGACUGCACUUGAAGAAACUUUCAAAGUUCUUGACAUUUUCCGAAUUGACUGACCUUUAUGUCUUAAAGUAAGGAUGGACUGUCAUUUCUCUUUGCUUAUUUGAGCUGUUCUUGCCAUAAUAUGGACAUGGUCUUUUACCAAAUAGGGCUAUCUUCUGUAUACCACCACUACCUUGUCACAACACAACUGAUUGGCUCAAACACAUUAAGAAGGAAAGAAAUUCCACAGAUUUACUUUUAACAAGGCACACCUGUGAAUUUACAUGCAUUCCAGGUGACUACCUCAUGAAGCUGGUUGAGAGAAUGCCAAGAGUGUGCAAAGCUAUCAUCAAGGCAAAGGGUGGCUACUUUGAAGAAUCUCAAAUAUAAUUUUUUUGGUUACUACAUGAUUCCAUGUGUGUUAUUUCUUAGUGUUGAUGUCUUCACCAUUAUUCUACAAUGUGGAAAAUAGUAAAAAUAAAGAAAAACCCUUGAAUGAGUAGGUGUGUCCAAACUUUUGACUGGUACUGUACACGUUGUCAUUUUGGGGCUAGCGGCCAUUUUGUUUUGGACAGGACCAUCAAUGUGUGUAUUUUUACGGCCAAUAAUGCCAAAUAGCCUGUGUCGUGUUAAUUUACGUCCGUGUUGGUUUGUGUGUCAUGUUCAUUUAUAGUGCAUUCGGAAAGUAUUCAGACCCCUUGACUUUUUCCACAUUUUGUUACGUUACAGCCUUAUUCUAAAAUGGAUAAAAAAAUACUCAUCAAUCUACACACAAUACCCCAUAAUGACAUCACAAUACCCCAUAAUGACAUCACAAUACCCCAUAAUGACAAAGUGAAAGCAGGUUUUUAGACAUUUCUGCACAUUUAUUACAAAUAAAAAAACAGAUACCUUAUUUACAUAAGUAUUCAGAGCCUUUGCUAUGAGACUUGAAGUUGAGCUCAGGUGCAUCCUGUUUCCAUUGAUCAUCCUUGAUGUUUCUACAACUUGAUUGGAGUCCACCUGUGAUAAAGUCAAUUGAUUGGACAUGAUUUGGAAAGGCACACACCUGUCUUUACAAGGUCUCACAGUUGACAGCAAGAAACCAAGCCAUGAGGUCGAAGGAAUUGUCCGUAGAGCUCUGAGACAGGAUUGUGUCGAGGCACAGAUCUGGGGAAGGGUACCAAAACAUUUCUGCAGCAUUGAAUGUCCCCAAGAACACAGUGGCCUCCAUCAUUCUUAAAUGGAAGAGGUUUGUCGGGCGAGAAGGGCCUUGGUCAGGGAGGUGACCAAGAACCCAAUGGUCACUCUGACAGAGCUCCAGAGUUCCUCUGUGGAGAUGGGAGAACCUUCCAGAAUGACAACCAUCUCUGCAACACUCCACCAAUCAGGCCUUUAUGGUAGAGUGGCCAGAUGGAAGCCACUCCUCAGUAAAAGGCACAUGACAGCCCGCUUGGAGUUCGACCCAAAAAAGUACUGAGUAAAAGGCCUGAAUACUCUUCAGUUUUGAAAGAAAAAUCUAACCCUGUUUUUUGCUUCAUCAUUAAAUAACAUUUUAAUACAUUUUAGAGUAAGGCUAUAACGUAAAAAAAAAAGUGAAGGCGUCUGAAUUUUUUCCGAAUGCACUUUGUAAGUGUUGCCUUACAUUUUUACGAGUGGCUUGGAUGGUUUUCUGUUCCGUUUGUGUUCAUUGUCAUGUUUUGCACUAUAAUCCAUGGAUAGCUAGUUCAGGUCCUAUGCUGAAAGUGAGGCAGGCAGUGUGAAAAGGAUACAGUAUUAAACUAGUUAGCAACACUAAUAAUGCCCAAACCUUCAGUGUUAACCCUUAUUAUCAGUGUCCUGCCACUCCUGGGUCAUAUUCAUUAGUGCACACUGUACCAAAACGUUUUUGCAACAACAAAAACACCUUUUUUUCUAAUUGGGUUAGUCCCCUAUUUCAGUGUGUCAAUCUCUAUGACGAUGGGAGGUGUCUACAUACAGUCAGUCACAAGGUUCUCUCUUUGUACAGACGACAAAAACAUGUUGCUUUUGAAGUACACUUUUAUUAUUUCAUUUUUUAUGGUACCAAUAUUGUCAUCGUAAUGUUAUUAUCCUCAUGUUUUCACUUCCUCUAAGGUGAAAUACCACUAAAAAGUGAUCAGUGUCCCUCCAUAGAAUAUGUUAUUAUUUCUGUGUUGCAUUUAGACAGACAUGAAAGUGCUGUAAAGUGCUGUAAAGACAAAAUGUUCAUUUGUUAUUGGAAAAGUUUGGUGGUGCAACAUUCAGUAUUGGGAUGAAUUAGGAAUUGAUUUUGAAGGACUUGAUUGGCUCGUGUAGAUCAUUUUAAUGGUGAACUACUUCUCACAUUCAACAUGUCUACAUAGAUCAAACCCCAACAAGAAACGAUUUGAAAUUGUCAACAACAAAAAAAACGAUAAAUCUCUGUGAAGUUAAAGAUAUGUGUUUGGACCCGUUAAGAGUCAAUCUUCCCCAGAUAGCUGGUUGUCAUUGUGCCUUUAGUAGUGGUUGUCUUUAGUAAUGGUUGUCUUUAGUAAUAGUUGUCUUUAGUAAUAGUUGUCUUUAGUAAUAGUUGUCUUUAGUAAUGUUGUCUUUAGUAAUGGUUGUCUUUAGUAAUGGUUGUCUUUAGUAAUGGUUGUCUUUAGUAAUGGAUGUUUGAAAGGCCUCAGAUGGAAGGUUUAUACCUUUUCAACCGUUAAUGAAAUUUUUAUGGAAAUGUUGAAUUGGUUUUUUGAGUCAAGAAAGGCUGCCACUCAAAUGGAUUGGUUUCCAUGGGAUUAUAUCCACAUAUCAAAACAUGUAGAUGUUGUCCUAUCAAUAUACACAUAAUAGUUUAGGUCAAAAUGCAUAGUUAAGAUACAGGUAACGGCCAAAGAAAGGAAACAUUGGAAAAACAGAUGCUUCCACACAGGUGUGGUUCCUGAGUUAAUUAAGCAAUUCACAUCCCAUCAUGCUUAGGGUCCCAUCUUGGCUAGUCCAGAACAUAUUUUAGAAUGAAAUGCCCUAAUGCCCGACCUUACCUGCAUGUCACCGGAUGCCUGUCACCGGAUGCCUGUCACCGGCUGACUGUCACCGACUGACUGUCACCGGCUGACUGUGACCGGCUGACUGUCACCGGCUGCCUGUCACCGGAUGCCUGUCACCGGCUGACUGUGACCGGCUGACUGUCACCGGCUGCCUGUCACCGGAUGCCUGUCACCGGCUGACUGUCACCGGCUGACUGUGACCGGCUGACUGUCACCGGCUGCCUGUCACCGGCUGCAUGUCACCGGCUGCCUGUCACCGACUGACUGUCACCGACUGACUGUCACCGGCUGACUGCCACCGGCUGCCUGUUAGGCUAUGAUAUCAUUAACUCUAAUUUAACCCUUUGAGCUGUCCUGCUAUUGUUUAUAGUUUUCUUUGUCGUAUUUAUUUGUGGAAGGGUUUUGUGUUUUUCUUGGAAGCGUUGCUGGUGGUUAUGGGUUACAUACAGGGGUGGAAUUGACAUGUACAAAUAUUCACCUUUUUGAGCUGAAUGCCCAGUAAUACAACAGUGGUGACUUGCCUUUUUCCCUCCUUCAAUUCCACUCCUGGUUACAUGGUUACUCCUGGUUACAUGGUUACUCCUGGUUACUCCUGGUUACAUGGUUACUCCUGGUUACUCCUGGUUACAUGGUUACAUGUUUUAGACUGUUAGAUUGAGAAGGAGUCCCAUCAACUAUCAAUCAAUCAAAAGAUCGAUAGAUCGAUAGAUUGAUUGAGAUCAAGUAUUAAAUAAAUGUACACUAAAUAAAUGUACACUAGUCUGUC